GUCCCGCCUCGCUCCGGAAGGGCUUCGCUGUCCGUGGCGGCGACCCGGAAGGCGCGUGCCGUGUCGCUGUGGAGGCAGCGGUGGCCGGGCCAUGGCGGGGACGGCGCUCAAGCGGCUCAUGGCCGAGUACAAGCAAUUAACCCUGAAUCCUCCAGAAGGAAUUGUGGCAGGCCCCAUGAAUGAAGAGAACUUCUUUGAAUGGGAGGCGUUGAUCAUGGGCCCAGAGGACACCUGCUUUGAAUUUGGGGUUUUUCCUGCCAUCCUGAGUUUCCCUCUCGAUUACCCGUUAAGCCCCCCGAAGAUGAGAUUCACCUGUGAGAUGUUUCACCCCAACAUCUACCCUGACGGAAGAGUGUGCAUUUCCAUCCUGCACGCACCGGGAGAUGACCCCAUGGGCUAUGAGAGCAGCGCCGAGCGCUGGAGCCCGGUGCAGAGCGUGGAGAAGAUCCUGCUGUCCGUGGUGAGCAUGUUGGCAGAGCCCAAUGACGAGAGUGGAGCCAAUGUGGAUGCUUCCAAGAUGUGGCGUGAUGACCGGGAGCAGUUCUACAAGAUCGCCAGGCAGAUCGUGCGCAAGUCCCUGGGGUUGUGAGGCGCCGUGUGCAC